AUGGGACAACGAACCAAGGUGAUCGAGACAGACGGCCCGACAGCCAAAUUUCUCUACGCAAUCAUCAGGCAAUUGGAUAUCAAGACGGUCGACUGGAAUCGAGUCUCCGAAGAAGUCGGGAUUUCCAAUGGCCACGCGGCACGAAUGCGCUACUCUCGGUUUCGACAACAGAUGGAUGGAACCGCAAGCAAGCCAAGGAACAAGAAGAAGAACUCCAAGAAAGGUGAAAAGAUCGAGCUCGUCGCCGAACCCCAGAUGUUCAUGCCACAACCGCCGUAUCCUGGGAUGCUCCCAAAGCUGGAACCGAUGGACCCAUCAUUCUCAUCCCAUGCUUUUGUCAAGUCUGAGUUUGCUCCUCAGCUGAGUCAAAGCAUGCCUGAAAUUCCGUCCGAUUGGUUCCCAAUGAUGCCCCCCUAUGAUGCGCACCUUCAGCCUGGCAUGUCCCAUCCCACGUGUCCUCCGAUGCCGUUUCUGAUGGCGCCCGGGAUGCACUCUUCGGCCUUGACAGGGGGCUCAAUGGAUUUACAGAAUUCACCGAUGGGUAUGUCACCGGGCUACAAUAUGGGGGAGCUCAGCGGACAGUCCCCGAUCUUGGAGUUUGACCGGCAGAUGCCCUGGAGCCAGCAACACACUUCAAGCGGCCAUUGCAGUCCUGUUGAGGUAAAGAAAGAGCCUGAAACGGUGAUUUCGGAUGAUGAGGUCUUCAUCAAGGUGGAAAAGCCGCAGGAUGAGUAG